AUAACUGUCUUCGUACAUUUUGCAGAAUUUUUAUUUUUGAGAAUUGCAAAUUAGAAGGAAAUUAAAAAGAGAGUGAAAAUGCAGUCCGUGAAGGAAAAAGCCUCUAACGUGGCCGCUUCGGCAAAAUCUGGCAUGGAAAAGACCAAAGCUGUUGUCCAAGAGAAGGUGGAGAGAAUGACAGCCCAUGAUCCAACACAGAAGGAGAUGGCAACAGGAAAGAAGGAAGAAAGGAUCUACCAAGCAGAGAUGAACAAGCAGGCAACUCACGACCGCAAUGCAGCUAUUCACCAGGGUGGGGGCACGGGCAUAGGCAGGCCACAUUAUUCCAACUCGGCCACUGGUGCCACUGGACACUCAACUGGUGCACACCAGAUGUCUGCCUUGCCAGGACACGGCACUGGGGAGCCAAUGGGUCAAGUGACAGACGGGGUGGUGCAAUCUCACCCCAUUGGAACGGCCACUGGGACUCAAAGGGCCUCCGCUGCACAUAACACCCAUGUAGGUGGUGGGGUAAACCAGGGCUAUGGUACUGGUGGUAACUAUAGUUAGGAUAUGAUCAGAAUAAGCUAGAAUUGUUUGGUUCCAAGCCUUUGUUGUUUUAGGAAAUUUGGUUUUGGUGCUUCGUGUUUGGUGUUUGAUAAAGAACUCAUGUUCUAUUGGUUUAUUCUGUGUCUCAAGAAAUGCAAACUGGUUAAGUUUGUUCGAUGUUCUGAUUGA